AUGUCGCACAACAAGCCUUUCGGUGGAGACAGUCGUAAACUUGUCUUAGCUAUCGAUGUCGGCACUACGUACAGUGGCGUCGCGUUCUGUGUCCUCGACCCAGGCGAGGUGCCUAAGGUUUUCAGUGUGACUCGUUAUCCGGGACAAGAGGGCGAGAAUAAGCUCAGAGACACAAAGAUUCCUACCAUCUUGUACUACACACCAGAAGGCACGGUCGGCGCUGCGGGCGCUGAAGCUAAGUCCGACGAAAGUCGGUUCAAGGAAGACGAUGAAGACUGGGUGCUUGCACAAUGGUUCAAGCUCCAUCUGCGUCCCAACGCGAUGCAGCUGCAGGGUUCACUGCCCCCUCUGCCAAGCAAUGUGACUCCCUUCCAGAUGCUGGCGGAUUUCCUCUCGUACAUUUAUAAAUGUGCGAAGGAGUUCAUAUCCGACACACAUCCUGUAGGGAGACAGAUCUUGCAGUCGGGUGGCGACGUAGACUUUGUCCUGAGUCAUCCGAACGGGUGGGAAGGUGGUCAGCAAAGUGACAUCCGGCGUGCAGCUAAGGUGAAGCAAGUCUUCAUUAUUGUCUCAGGAAUGGGUUGGCCACAGAUGGCGGGUCAAGGUCUGAUGAUCGUAGAUGCGGGGGGAGGUACAGUCGAUCUGAGUACAUACAAGAUUACAAAUGUGUCCCCUGUGACCGCGGUCGAAAGUGUGGCGCCAGCCUGCUUACUACAAGGAUCGACUUUUGUGAACGGCCGCGCCGGCAAAUUCCUCGAGAAAAAAUUGAAAUCAUCUCGCUUUGACAAUCCGGAAGAUCGACAAACAAUGAUGGAGUACUUUGAGACUGGGACCAAGCCGACCUUCAGAGAUCCAUCAAAGCCGUGCAGUAUCAAGUUCGCCGGUUUGCGCGAUACUGAUGAGAAAGUGGGAAUCAAGCGCGGUAUUCUGACUUUGUCGGGGGCCGAAGUCGCCUCCUUCUUCGACCCUGCCGUGCAGGAAAUCCAAGAUGCAAUCAAGACACAAUCCGCAAACUCAUCCGCGCCUGUCUCGACGAUCCUGUUGGUGGGUGGCUUCGCCUCUAGCUCGUAUCUACGCACCAAGCUGCGAGAAUGGGCCGAGAAUGCCGGCCUGACACUCUUCUGUCCGGAAGGACAAUCGGCUAAAGCCGUGGCAGAGGGCGCACUCUCGUCUUACUUGGACCACGUCGUCUCCGCGCGUGUUGCGCCCUUUGCAUAUGGUACGCGUUGCAUGACCCCAUUCAACCCAUUCAACGCGGGACACAAGGCUCGCAUGAACGACAUAGUAGUCGACUGCGCUGGAUCGCCGUGCCUCCGGAAUUAUUUUGCCACUCUCCUCCCGAAGGGUACCCUGGUCUCGGAAGAGAAAGAGUAUGAUCAUUCAUUUUGCCGCGACAGCUCCGACCCUGUGGAGAGCAUCUCCAGUGAUAUUACCUGUUACCGAGGUGCGAUUAGCUCUCCGGAAUGGACUGAUAGGGAACCAGAAUUGUUCUCGACAGUGUGCACCGUUCAAGCCGAUGUUAGACAUGUGCCCAAGGUGACCCGCAUGGGUCCGAGAGGGCUGUAUUAUCAUCAGGUGUUCAAGGUCGUUCUGCUGUUUGGACUGACGGAGCUCAAGGCACAGCUGAGCUGGACAGAGAAUGGAGAGGAGAAGAGAAGCUCUGCCAUGAUCAUCUACGAUAAGCCUACCAUAUAG